CGAUGUACCGGGCCAUUUCUGCAUACUUCUCAUGGGGAGGAAUGUUGUCACUGACACCCUGCUCCACAGGCGCUCCGCUUCUCCGGACCUCAUCGAACAGAAAUGCAAGCGGACGUUCCACCAGGAUCACUCUUUCUACGAUCUGAUUCUGAGGCCCUCCAGCGUAUUCAGCUCUUAGCCUCGAUGAGGCUGUGAUGAGGCAGAAAAGAAGGAACUUUGGGAGACUCAUGUCGACCUGUCGUGACACCAUGCUUUCAUACUUAGGCAAUGGCGACUUCCUACGUGCAUUCACGUGAAUUUCCUCCUUUACUACGACGGGAUUGACUGGGCCGUAAGGGUAUAUUAGGGGGUGACUAGAACCUCGAAUUUGGCUCUAGAGCCUUUCUCUUGAAGACUUCUGUGCAAGACAGUCCGCACACCUGGGCCUAUUCACAAAGACAUGGAUGGUAGUCCUACUCACGUUUCUUAUGAGCGUUCGAAGUCCGCUUCAAAUAUUUUCGAGAAAAAACCCUUCCUCAUCGGAGUUGCUGGGGGCACAGCAUCCGGAAAGUCAACAGUAUGCCGCCGAAUAAUGGAGAAAUUGGGACAGGAUGAGAUGGAUGACACCCAGAGACAGGUCGUAUGCAUCACGCAAGACAGUUUCUACAAGGAGUUAAAUUCAGAGGAUGGUUUGAAGGCCAGGAAAGGAAAAUACAACUUUGACCAUCCUGAUGCUAUGGACUUUGACUUGCUGCUAGAUACACUCCAAGCAAUCUUGCAUGGGAAAAAGUGUCAAGUACCUGUAUAUGAUUACUCAACAAAUUCAAGGUUGUUGGUGUAUUUCAGAAUUCUGAAAGGAUCUUGUGCUCCUCUGUAUUCCAGAAAAAAGGAUGAAUUCAUCACCAUUCAUCCUGCAGAUGUGGUUCUUCUGGAAGGGAUCCUUGUGUUCUAUUGCAAGGAGAUACGUGAUUUGUUUCAUAUGAAGCUCUUUGUUGACACUGAUUCUGAUACUCGUUUGAUGAGGAGAGUUUUGAGGGAUGUGAAGGAAAGAGGAAGAGAUUUGGAGCAUGUCCUCAAUCAAUACCUUUUGUUUGUGAAGCCAUCUUUCGAGAACUUCUGUUUACCUACCAAGAAGUUUGCUGAUGUGAUCAUUCCCCGGGGUGCUGAUAAUUCAGGUAAGCUCUAG